AUGAACAACCGUGGCAAUCGUGGCAAUCGCGGAGGAGAUGCAAUCGUUCCAGUUGAUGAUCAUACCAGUCCGUAUUAUCUACAUCUUAGUGACAAUCCAAGCCUCCAGCUGGUUCCUCAAGUUCUUAUUGGAUCCAAUUACAUCAAUAAGAGCAGAUAUGUUAUUACUGCUUUAAUCGCGAAGAACAAGUUGCAGUUUGUGGAUGGAUCCUUGCUGCGACCAAAUGAUGAUGAUGAUCUAUUAUUCUCCGCUUGGAUCCGAUGUAACAGUAUGGCGGUUUCAUGGUUGCGAAAUUCUGUUUCUCCACAAAUCUGCUCGAGUGUUAUGUAUUUAGAUAACGCUCAUGAUAUUUGGUCUGAUCUCAGUGAUCUUUCUCUCAAGGUGAUUCAGCUAGAUCUUAUCAACUUAAGCAACAGCUUAUGGCUCUUGUGCAAGGGCACUCUGAUAUGUAAUAGUGCCAUGCGAUGGCAUACACAUCAGAAAGAUGAGUGCACAAUCCAGUUUCUAAUUGGUUUGAAUUCUUCUUACUCUCAGAUUCGGUCUACUAUCCUAUCAACGGUGCCUCUACCUUCUCUGUCUAAGGCUUUUUCCCUCGUUAUUCAAGAGGAGAGGCAACGAACUAUUGACGGUAAUCUGAUAAUUUCCCCUCCAGUUUCCUCCAGUGAACAACCUUUUAGUGUGAAUGCAACCUCCUCUAAUUUUGGCCGUGGAAGGUUAUUAUAUUCUCACUGUGGCUGCACCAAUCACACAGUUGAUAGAUGCUUCUCUUUACAUAGUUUUCCUCAAGGUUAUGGCAAGGGCAGAGGCAAGCCAAGUUACAAAGAUUUCUCCAACUCUAAAGUGGUGAACUAUGUUGAAGAAUCUAUAACUGAGAACUGUGAUAAAAGUAGCUGA